AUGGAUAUCGCAACAGGUCCCGAGUCCUUGGAAAGGUGCUUUACGCGGGGCCAGUCGGACUGCUCAAAGAUGUUGGACGGUAUUAAAAUGGAAGACCACCCUCUGCGCUCGGGUCCGGCCACCUUAGGAGUGCUGCUGGGGUCGGACUGCCAGCACCAGGCCGUCUGCGAGGGCUGCCAGCGGCCCAUCUCGGACCGGUUUCUGAUGCGGGUGAACGAGUCCUCCUGGCACGAGGAGUGCCUGCAGUGUGCGGCGUGUCAGCAAGCCCUCACCACCAGCUGCUACUUCCGGGACCGAAAGCUCUACUGCAAGCAGGACUACCAACAGCUGUUUGCUGCAAAGUGCAGUGGCUGCAUGGAAAAGAUCGCCCCGACAGAAUUUGUGAUGAGAGCCCUGGAGUGUGUUUACCACUUAAGCUGCUUCUGCUGCUGUGUUUGCGAGCGACAGCUGAGGAAAGGGGAUGAAUUUGUUCUUAAAGAAGGGCAAUUGCUCUGCAAAAGUGACUAUGAAAAAGAGAAAGACUUGUUGAGCUCAGUCAGCCCAGACGACUCAGACUCAGUCAAAAGUGAUGAUGAAGACGGCGAUGUUAAGCCCACCAAAGGUCAAGUAACCCAAGGAAAAGGAAGUGAUGAUGGGAAGGACCCAAGAAGACCCAAACGACCAAGGACAAUACUUACUACACAGCAGAGACGAGCAUUCAAAGCAUCCUUUGAAGUGUCUUCCAAGCCCUGUAGGAAGGUUAGAGAAACACUAGCAGCUGAAACAGGACUCAGUGUGCGGGUUGUCCAGGUCUGGUUUCAAAACCAAAGAGCAAAGAUGAAAAAACUAGCACGAAGGCAUCAGCAGCAGCAGGAGCAGCAGAAUUCACAACGACUGGGACAAGAAGUAAUGUCCAACCGAAUGGAAGGGAUGAUGACAUCUUACACACCACUUGCACCACCACAGCAGCAGAUUGUAGCAAUGGAUCAAAACAGUUAUGGCACAGACCCAUUUCAGCAGGGUCUUACCCCUCCACAAAUGCCAGGAGACCACAUGAACCCUUAUGGAAACGACUCCAUUUUUCAUGAUAUCGACAGUGAUACCUCUUUAACUAGCUUGAGCGACUGUUUUCUUGCCUCUUCUGAAGUUAACUCCAUGCAGGCUAGAGUAGGAAACCCCAUUGACAGGCUGUACUCUAUGCAGAGCUCCUAUUUCGCCUCAUGAAAAUAAAAGAAAACAAACAGCCGGCAUAUAUUUAGCCAGUGACUUUUUCCAGUGCAGACUCUACAGCCAUAUGUUGCCCAGCUCUUCCUUCACAGUGACUCCUGCUGCCUCUGGACUGCAAAGAGCAAUUUAGGAAGACUGUAUCUGUGUGCAUAUAUGUGUGUGUAUGUAUGUAUAUAUGUAUUAAUACUUACAUACAUACAUACAUAUUAUACAAACAAAACGCACCCAUCAGUCCCAUACCCUUGAUU